AUGGUAGAACCUUCUAGAACGUCCGCGCAAGCUCCAGUAGAAGAUCCGGGACCAAAUGACCCUACCAACAAUUUCGUCACGUGCAUUCAUCAAGUCAGGGUAGAGGAGAUUUUCUGCCAUGUAACGGUAACUUGGGCAAAGACAAUGAUCAGCCAUACUCUAUACAUAACGGUCGAAAAUCCAACCGGCGGCUCCGCCACCACCUCCACCGCCACCGGCGCCGGCAAUGAGGAGGAGGAGAAUCACUACACCUGCAAAAUUGAUCUAAAAACAUGGCAAUUUUGGGGGAAGAAAGGCCUAAAGACGUUCCGAGUCGCGGAGAAGCGCUUCGAUGUAUUUUGGGAUUUACGGGCGGCGAAAUUCAGCUCGCGACCCGAGCCGGACUCCAGCUACUACGUGGCGAUGGUGUCAUCGGGGGAGAUGGUUUUGUUGCUCGGCGAUCAACGGGACGAGGCGGUGAAGAGGACGAAGUCGAGAAUUUGUUUGGAGGGGACGAUGUUGGUGCACAAGAAGGAGAUUGUGUAUGCGAAGAAGUGUUUUUGCACGAAAAUGGCAUUGGGACGGAACGGCGAGCAUAGCAUAAUGAUUGAGGCUUCUUUGACGGGACCGUGCGAUCCGGAGAUGUGGAUCGUCGUGGACGGGAGGGAGUCGAUUCGGGUUCCCAAUUUGCAUUGGAGGUUUAGGGGGAACGACACGAUCAUCAUCGAUGAGAUCCCGGUGCAAAUCUUGUGGGACGUGCACGGUUGGCUUUAUAACAACGGGAGCAACGACGGCGUCGGGAUUUUUGCAUUUAGGAGAGUUCCGGAGGAUGAAGGGAAUGGUUCGUCGGAAGAGGAGGCGGCCGCGCUCGUCGAGUUUUGUCACUUUGUGUAUGCUUGUAGGAUCUGA